CUCGGCCCAGGCUCCUGGGUGCGCCCCGGGCUGGGGCGGACUGGGCUCGGGCCUGGCUCGGCGUCUUGGGCCCCGCGGGAGACAGGGUCUAGCGGCACCGAAGAGGAGGCAGGGGCUUGGAGGACGCUGCGCGCCCUGGCCCGCGGGGGAACCGAGGCCCGCGGAGGGAGGCCGAGGGAGCGGGUGCCGGCGGCCACCGAAACUCCAGCUUCGGGAUCUUUCUCUGACCGCGGGCGGACCCCCGCCGGGCUGCCUGGGUCCCUUGAUCGCUGUGACCCGGACCGAGCCUAGCGCUUUAGCCCUUCCUGGUGUUCCCGCAGGACACCGGCUCUGAGAGAGGAGGGCUGAUCGGCUCCGGCACACCCACCCUCCGCGGGUGCCUGGAGGGGCGCUGCACCCGCCAUGCGCUGCCGCAGACUGGCCCUGGGCCUGGGCUUCUGCCUGCUGGUGGGCACCGCCCUCUGCGCUCUGUGGGUAUAUGCCGACAGCUGGCUGCCAUUCUCCUACGUCCCCUAUUAUCUCCCCUGCCCACAGAUCUUCAACAUGAAGCUGCAGUUCCGGGGGGAGAAGCCGUUCCAGCCCGUGGCACGGUCGCAGUACCCUCAGCCGAAGCUGCUGGAGCAGAGGCCCACCGAGCUGCUGACGCUCACGCCCUGGCUGGCGCCCAUCGUGUCCGAGGGAACCUUCGACCCGGAGCUCCUGCAGCUCAUCUACCAGCCGCUGAACCUGACCAUCGGGCUCACGGUGUUCGCCGUGGGGAAGUACACGGGCUUCGUGCAGCGCUUCCUGGAGUCGGCCGAGCAGUUCUUCAUGCAGGGCUACCGGGUGAGCUACUACGUCUUCACCGACACGCCCGCGGCGCUGCCCCCGGUCCCGCUGGGCCCCGGCCGCCGCCUCAGCGUCCUGCCCGUCCAGAGGCACGCCCGCUGGGAGGAGAUCUCCACGCGCCGCAUGGAGACCAUCAGCCGGCACAUCGCCCAGCGGGCGCACCGCGAGGUGGACUACCUCUUCUGCGUGGACGUGGACAUGGUGUUCCGGAACCCCUGGGGCCCCGAGACCUUGGGAGACCUGGUGGCCGCCAUCCACCCCGGCUACUUCGCCGUGCCCCGCCAGCAGUUCCCCUACGAGCGCAGGCACGUGUCCACCGCCUUCGUGGCGGACGGCGAGGGGGACUUCUACUACGGCGGGGCGGUCUUCGGGGGCCGGGUGGACAGGGUGUACGAGUUCACGAGGGGCUGCCACAUGGCCAUCUUGGCGGACAAGGCCAACGGCAUCAUGGCGGCCUGGCAGGAGGAGAGCCACCUGAACCGCCGCUUCCUCUCGCACAAGCCCACCAAGGUGCUGUCCCCCGAGUACCUCUGGGACGACAGGAAGCCCCGGCCCCCCAGCCUCAAGCUGAUCCGCUUCUCUACGCUCGACAAGAACACCCGCUGGCUGCGGAGCUGACGGUAGAGCCGGGGCUGCUGUGGACGGGGUCCCAGCGGAGCACCCAGCAGCCCCAGGGAGCACCCAGCUCACCCCAGGGGAGCACCCAGCUCACCCCAGCAGAGCACCCAGCUCACCCCAGGGAGCACCCAGCAGCCCCAGGGAGCACCCAGCAGCCCCAGGGAGCACCCAGCUCACCCCAUGGGAGCACCCAGCUCACCCCAGGGAGCACACAGCAGCCCCAGCGAGCACCCAGCUCACCCCAGGGGAGCACCCAGCUCACCCCAGGGGAGCACCCAGCAGCCCCAGCGGAGCACCCAGCUCGCCCCAGUCAGUGCCUCACCUCCCAAGCCUUAGCUGAGACCUGUCCUGUGCGGCCCGCCUCCCCGUCAGGAAAAUCCAACUGGAAAGCGAUGUGGAAGGGCCUUCAGAAACUAAAGGGCUGUGCCCGCAUGAGUGUCGCCUAAGAGAGGUGGACGGGGAGGGGCGGCUAGUGGUGAAGAGGGCGGGGCCCAGAGGCUCCCAGCAGACGCGCCUUCAUGCCUUCUGCCCCGCUCAGCCCUGCGUGCCCACCCCGCCCCCUUUUGCUGCCUGUUGCCUUCGAGGUCACUCUUCACUGCUGGUUGUGAAGGGCAUCCAGGUCCCCUUUCCUCCAGCUGCAGGGCUCCCAGCACUGCGAUGGCCCCCAGCCAGCCCUCACUCAGGACCCUCUCUGGUUUCCAGGCCAGCUGCACCCCACUCCCCAUGGCGGCCACGCUCCCUGGUACUGGCCGCCUCUUUUGUAAGGAGGCUGGGGCGGUUUUAAUAAAGGGGGCGCGUGCUGGGCCCUAACCAGGCUUCCCACCUGUGCCUCUGAGCAGCAUCCUGGCCAUGGAGAGGAGCGAUGGAGGCAGGAAGGGGUGCGCACUAGCCAUAUCCGGGUGAGCACCCAGUGGAGAAGCUGGGUGCCAGCCCAGAGCCCACUCCUGCAGCACAUGGUCCGGCCGGUGAUCACAAGGGUCGGGCAGACCCAGGAACCAGCGUGAGGAGAGCCUGGGCCGGAGAGGCCCUGGGGUGCUCCCGAGGCAAAGGGACGGGGCGGACCCGUGGCCUGUGUGUCCCCAGUGGGGGGUCUUGGCCUGCCCUGGGGAGGCAGGUCUGAAGCAGGGCUGUGUUGAAGGAGCAGGCCUGCCCCACUGCGGGCCCAGCCCCGGCCAGUCACCCCAGAGGCAGUGUUUGCACCGGAGCCCGAGCCCAGCCUUGUCUUUGUCAUUUUGUCCCUCGCUUACUGUGCAUCUGCCACUUAAAACUUCAGAACCACCCGGCCAGUGUGGCUCAGUGGUUGAGCAUUGACCUAUGAACCAGGCAGUCAUGGUUUGAUACCAGGUCAGGGCACAUGCUAGGCUGUGGGCUCGAUCCCCAGUAGGGGCGUGCAGGAGGCAGCUGACCAGUGAUUCUAGGUCAUCAUUGAUAUUUCUGUCUCCCUCCCUUCAUCUCUGAAAUCAAUAAAAAAUAUAUAUUAAAUUAAAAAAAAAAUAAACUGCAGAA